AUGCCACAAAUCAAUGUACAUAACAUAAAUAACGACAAGCAAAUUAAGGAAUUCAAGGAUUUAGAUAAUGAUGCUAAAGAGCUAAUAAAAUCAGCCAUUGAGGCGCGUCAACACGCCUAUUGCCCGUAUAGUAAAUUUAAAGUGGGAGCCGCUAUAAAAACAGGAGACGGAUCAAUUUACACAGGUUGCAACAUCGAAAAUGGCGCAUAUCCGGUUGGUAUCUGUGCUGAGCGUACAGCGGCUUGUAAGGCGAUCAGUGAAGGCAAGCGUGAUUUUGUUGCCUGCGCUGUUGUUGCACAACAGGAGAGCAGCUUUACUACUCCCUGUGGAGUAUGCCGGCAAUUUUUAGCUGAAUUCGCCAUGCAAAGGGAUUUCCCACUAUACUGUGCCAAGCCAGCUUGUCCGCCGUUGCAAGUGCUUGCCACAAGCAUUCGUGAUUUGUUGCCGCGUAGUUUUUCUUUUUUGGGGAAAUAA